AUGUCUCAACUAGCAAAAGACUCCCAUAUCGUCAUUAUCGGUGCUGGAACCUGGGGUAUCAGCACCGCCCUCCAUCUUGUCCGCAGAGGCUACACAAAUAUCAAAGUCUUAGAUAAAUACCCAGUUCCAUCUCCUAUAUCUGCUGGAAAUGAUGUGAACAAAUUCCUUGAACUUGACUCCUCCCCUGUUGGAGACUAUGUCUCGAAGACUAUCGCACAGGCAACGGUGAGCGGAUGGAAAAAUGAUCCAGUCUUCCAGCCUUAUUACCAUGACACCGGAGCUAUUAUCGCAGCUACUUCGGAGGCUGCAAGAGAAGACAUUUCCUCCGGCGGUGGAAUGACAUCUGCAAAUGGCUGGAUACCACGCUCUACGGGACAGGAGUUCCGUGAAACGAUGCCCCAGGGUGUAUUGACGGGGGACUUUCCUGGGUGGAAGGGUUGGUGGAAGAAGGAUGGGGCUGGGUGGGUGGCUGCGCGCAAGAGCAUGGAGAGUGCCGCUAGGGAGGCUGCUAGACUGGGAGUUACGUUCAUUUCUGGGCCUGCUGGUGAUGCAAGAGAGCUUGUCUAUGCAGAUGGUAAAGCUGUCAGGGGAGUGCGUACGGAAGAUGGUCGUGUCCACCUGGGAGCAAAGACGAUUCUGUGUGCCGGAGCCGCCGCUGAGAAUCUCCUCGAUAUGAAGCACCAGUUGAGGCCUACUGCUUGGACCCUGGCACAUAUCAAAAUGACGCCCGAGGAGGCCCAACUCUACAAAGAUUUACCUGUUCUCUUCAAUGUUGAACGAGGAUUCUUCAUGGAGCCUGAUGAAGAUAAACAUGAGCUAAAGAUAUGUGACGAGCAUCCUGGAUACUGCAACUGGGUCACGGAAGCAGGAAAACUCAAGAGCAGGCCAUUUGCGAGGCAGCAGAUUCCACUGGAGUCUGAGCAGCGAGUGCGUCAGUUCUUGAAGGAAACGAUGCCACAUUUAGCCAGCAGACCGCUGAGUUUUGCACGGAUAUGCUGGUUUAAAUUAUUAACUACUCUCCUAGGUGCCGAUACCCCGGAUCGUAAAUUCCUCAUCAGCACUCAUCCUGAGCAUCGAGAUUUGGUGCUGGGCGUGGGUGGUUCUGGCCAUGGAUUUGCACAUAUCCCGUCCAUUGGCUCCUUCAUCGUAGAUGUCAUCGAGUCAAAGUUAGACCCCAGACUGGCGAAGGCUUUCCGGUGGAGACCCGAGACUGCAGUAGGACGGGACUGGGGCGCAUUGCAGGGCCGGUAUGGGCCAAAGGGGAGCAAUCGCGUGAUGAACUUCCAGGAUAUUAGUGAGGAUGAGUGGACAACCAUUGGGUUGGACCAGGAACCUGCUCAAGGAAGAAAGUGGGCUAGCCAGCAACUGGGAAAAGAAGAAACAGAAAAGAACACCCCUAGUAGCAAAAAAGAGCAGAAAGAACAGGAAAACGGGAUAAUCAAGCAUCAGUCGAACCCUGGGGUCCAAAGAAUAUUACAACAAGAAUAA